AUGGAGCAGGAGGAGGCAAAGGGGGCUGUUGCAGUAGAGGCUGCAGUAGUGGUGGAUGUCAUGGAAAAGAAAGAGGAUAAACCAAAACAUCCGAAGCCACACCAGAUUUUUCAGAAGACUGCAACCAUGUCACCCCCAAACAAUUCCGAUGAGGUGGAGUUCAUGGAUAAUGUGCCACCUGGGAGAGCAACAGAACAGUUAGCAACUUUCAUGCCUAGAGUGCAUCCUCCCCAAGGUAGGGGGAACACCAUGGAGUCUGAUAUGGUAGAAGUUGUUGUCCCUCAGAGGGUCAUGGUGAAACCCAUCUGCCCCAUAAAUACAAAGGCCAGCAAGAGCAUGAAGAACAAGGGGAAGGCCCGGCUGAGCACAUGGAAUGCACCUGAGCUGACAAAUCGAUUGGCAAAAGGUUUUACACUCAAGGCCAAGCCAACAACUGUUGCCAAAGGGUUCCAGCUCUUGUGGACCUUGUACAGUUUGUGGUGGGAAGUUGCUCUGCUCAAGUGCAAAGAGUGUGCCAAGGAGGACAAACGCAAGGGCCAUGUUGUCAGGAAGACAAAUAGUUUGGCCAAGGUCCCCAAUGAAGGCAGGGAAUGGCCCAAGGUUGUGAAGCCUGCCAAGUGGGAACAAGUCUGUGUGUUGCUCAGACAAGCAUCUUCCUGGCUCCUCAUGGCCAGUACUGCCAUGAACGAGUGGGUGAUGGAGAUCUGCCUUAAUCAAGCCAGCCUCAUGUUUGUGCUCAACACCAGCCAUGAUGAAAUCUUGUAUGUUCAUCUGCCCUGCAAGGAUACUUUUGCCCCCAUGGGCAUGCAAUAUGAGAUGAACUUGGGCACUGUCAAGCUGAUCAACAAAGGCAUGAAGAAGUGCAAGGCCAAAGAUGAUGAUGCCAGUACUUUGCAGGACAUCAAGAAGGCAAAGCUCAUGGAACAUUCUGGCUGGAGUACCAGUGUGCCAGCAGAACUGAUCUACUUGUCAAGUGAUGAGGAAGAGCCUCCAUAUGAGGAGGAGUCGCUGGGAGCUGGGACUGAUGAGGAUGAGGGGCCAAAUUCAGGGUUGGUUGGAGACAGAUGCGGACAAGGCCACCCCAUAAGUCAUAGUAUUGGUAUUUGUGUGAUUGAGAGGUCAUCUGACUUGUCUUUUUACUUCAGUAAUAUGUAUGGCAGUGAGGGUUUGACUCCCUCUGCAGGGAACUUCAGAAUUGUGGUCCCCUCUGGGGAUGACAUCAGAGAAAGCAAGAAGUCAAGGGUAUUGGCACGUUGGGAUAUACUGGGGUAUUGUGGGGUUGGCAGGGUCAUCCUCAAUGCCAAAACAGUCAUGGUAUGCUAUAUUGAGGAAGGCUUGGAAAGCUGGGUCAAGGAAAUUGAGGACCAACUUGCAGAGGUGGUAAGGCAGCAGGCAAAACGCUGCAAUGGCAUACCUUCUGAUGCUACCAUCAAGUUCAGAUAUCAUGUACGAUUUGCAUUCAUUAUGGCAGAUGACAACAUAGGGGCCUAA